AGCAUGGAUGAAAACUAUGAUCACGACUACCAUGACUUCGACAACUCCAGCGAUAAUGACAGUUAUGACUACAGCGACUACCACAGCCUCUGUGACAAGGAGGCGGUGCGCUCUUUUGCCAGCCUCUUCCUCCCGGCCAUCUACGCAGUGGUCCUGGUGGUGGGCCUUGCCGGGAACGCCCUGGUGGUGGUGGUCUAUGCAUCGCCUCGGCGAAUGAGAACGCUGACAGAUGCGUGCAUCUUCAAUCUGGCCGGGUGCGACCUGAUUCUCCUCCUCACUUUGCCCUUCUGGGCGGCCGACGCCGUCCACGGCUGGAGGCUGGGUGUGGCGGCGUGCAAGAUCAUCUCCUUCCUCUAUGGCACCAACUUCACCUGCGGCAUGUUUCUGCUGGCAUACAUUAGCAUAGACCGCUAUUGUGCGCUAGCCCGCAGCACGGUAGGCAGGCCUGGGACGGCCGCCCAUGACAGGAGACGGUGGCUGCUGAUGUGUAUGGCAGUGUGGGUUACUGCCAGCUUCCUGGGUGUGCCUGACCUGGUCUUCUAUCAUGUGAAACACACGUCACACAGGCCAGGCUGCAUGGCCAUCUACCCUAACUGGAUGGCACGUCCUGCCAAGGCCGCCCUGGAGCUACUGGAGGUGACCCUGAGCUUCCUGCUCCCAUUCCUGGUCAUGGUGGUAUGUUACACCCGGUUGGGGUUGGUGCUGAGCCGGGCAGCCGGAGUGAGGAGGGAGAGAAAGUGGCGCGCCCUUCGGGUCCUCCUAGCUGUGGUGGCCGUGUUCUUACUCACCCAGCUGCCCUACAACAUCGUCAAGCUGAUACGAGCCCUCGACAUCAUCUACAUGCUGGUCACCGACUGUGAGCUGAGCAAAAAUCUUGACCGGGCCAUCCAGGUGACGGAGAGCCUCGCCCUCACGCACGCCUGCAUCAACCCAAUACUCUACGCCUUCAUCGGAUCCUCCUUCAGGGGCCACGUCCUAAGGGUUGCCAAGAGACUCGGGCAGCGGCUCGGGCGACACCGCCAACUUGUGGGCCAGGAGCCCACCGUGGAAAUCGCGCUCAGGACACCCGGUCACACCCACUCCCAGUCUACGUCAGAGGACAAAGACACAAGCACCUUUACUAUCUGAGGCUCUGAGAUGAGUAUUAAAUGCACUUUUCUCAGGGUUCCCACACUUUUUUAAGGAACAAUUUUUUCCCAGGACCUUUCGGGGACAUCUUCCAUGACUUCUGCGUGGUUAAACAUGUCAGAAGCUACUGAGAGAAGUUCCUAUUAUUCAGUAUCUACCAUCAGUGGAAGCCUCAACAGCCUCUAAAUGACAGUGUAAUGUUUAGCUAGUCGCUGAACAUACCGCCUAAACUUAAAGCACUGAUGUGACAUCUCAGUCACUAUAAAUAUGGCUAAAAAUAUGUGAUCAGCUCAACAUUUUGCUGGAAAUAUUCAGUCUAAACUGGGGGAAAAAAUGUGAUAACCUAAGUUUAAGAUUUUCUGUGGCAACUGAUGAAUUUUAGCAUUUCCAUCUGUUUCCAAGACUGGAAAAUUAGUCCAUAUAUUUCCAGGUAUUCCAGGAUGUGUGGGAACCCUGUCUUCUGUAAAUACUUUAGCAACAUUUGAUAUAUGAAAAUCUAUAUAUAUAUAUAUAUAUAUAUUUUUUUUUUUGAUAGCCAGUAAAUGGAUUACAUUAACCUUAAAGUAAGAAUAUAAAAAUUGUCCGCCUGUGUAUAUAUUUGUAUAGUUGGUAAAUAUGCAAAAAAUAAAAGACAACUACCGUGUACAUAUCUAUAUUGUUGAAUAAAAAGCAAUGCAUCUACCCACAUCUGUUGCAGUUUAACACCGCUAAAACCCAAUAAACUAUUGCUUA